GAAGAGCAGUGAAGCCAUAAGAAUAAUUUUAAAUGCAAAUUAAAUUGAGGGGGUAGCAAAGAGAACAGAGAAAAGACAGUAAAACAAAGCCUUUCAAUUUCCUCAAAUUAGCAGGCUAAUAUAAUAUAAAAAGCAGUUCCACUCAGAUCUGUACUAAGACAUUUCAUUUCAUCAUAAUAUAAAACAGCAGAUCCAUCACCUUUCUCUACUCUGUACUCUUGAUUUCGAGGUUGAAGUGACAAUUUGAAGCUGUUCGCUCUGACUCACCAACUGGUUACAUUGCUUAGUCUUAUUUCAAGCCAGUAGGAUGGAAAGAGAUCAGUAAUAUUGGAAUUUGACUGAUCACAUCGCUUUGAAAAGAAAGGCGUAUUGGCAACAAAAAGUUCCUCCAAGAUGGACUAUUUUUUGGAUGUUGAGUCUGCUCACAGACUGAUGUUAUACAAUCAAGGAGCUCAAGCUCGCCGGGCGACCCUGCUCACCGUACCCACAUUAAUGGCGGCAUCUUCCGAGGAGGAGAUAGACCGGAGACCCAUUAGGAGAGUCAGGUCCAAGAGUGACACCCCUUAUCUCGCAGAGGCCAGGAUCUCCUUCAAUCUUGGGAGAGAGAGAUCAUAUGAAGCAGAGAUGGGAAACGACCUUCUAAGUUAUCUGCUCCAUUCCCCUUUCAAUGAAGCUGACGAAGUGGAAAGACUGGCUGCAAUGCGUUCAGACUCUCUAGUACCAGGCACCCACACUCCUCCAAUCAGGCGACGAAGUAAGUUUGCCAAUAUAGGAAGGAUUUUCAAGCCAUGGAAAUGGAGGAAGAAGAAGAGUGAAAAGUUCAAACACACUUCUGCAGCUCUGGAAAGAAAAAUAUCAAUGAGGCAAAGCAGAGAGGAGCUGAUAAAACGAGGAGUCUUGAAGGAAAUCUACGAUAAAGAUGGGGAGCUUUCCAUACCAAAUGAAGGAUCAUUGGAGAAUGGGCAGGCUCUGAGCUCCAGCCAGAUUUCAUUACCAGGCCUAGCAGAACUGGAAUCAGGUUCCGCGUCUGGGGAACCCUGUUCGUAUGAGGUGCUCCCAACCACAGAUAUCAUGGAUGGGACAGUGUCUGAAGAGAGCCCCAGAUCCAGUGAGUCUGGAGUCCUCCUGUCCCAAGAUCCUUCAGCUAAACCAGUCCUGCUACUUCCCCCCAAAAAAUCUGCUGCUUUCCCUGGAGACCAUGAGGACACCCCAGUGAAACAGCUGUCCCUCCUCAAACAGCCCCCUGCCCUGCCUCCUAAACCCAUUGCCAGGAUUGCCAACCACUUAACUGAUCCUGGCGGUCCUAUGAAACUGCCUUGUAUGCCAGUUAAACUGUCGCCUCCGCUACCUCCAAAGAAAGUCAUGAUUUGCAUGCCUUUAGGGGGACCAGACCUCUCUCUUGCAUCCUAUUCCAUGCAGAAGAGUUCCCAGCAGCCUUUGGCUCCACACCACCACUCUGUACUGCCAUCCCAAUUAGCAGCACACCAGCACCAGCUUCCAUAUGGCAGCCACAGCCAGCAUCUGCCUUCUGGAUCCAGCUCAUUACCUAUUCACCCUUCAGGGUGUCGGAUGAUAGAUGAAUUGAACAAGACACUGGCCAUGACCAUGCAGAGGCUAGAAAGCUCUGGUUUGCACCCGGGUGACAGUGUCACGAAAACAGGACCUGGAGGCCUUUCAGACGUGAGACAAGUGCCAACCGUUGUGAUCGAAUGCGAUGACGAUAAAGAAAAUGUGCCUCAUGAAUCUGAUUACGAAGAUUCUUCCUGCCUUUACUCAAGAGAGGAAGAAGAUGAUGAGGAAGAUGAGGAGGAUGAUAGCUCAUUAUUUACAAGUUCUCUGGCAAUGAAAAUCUGCAGGCAGGAUUCUUUAGCAAUCAAACUUAGCAACAGGCCUUCCAAACGAGAACUGGAGGAAAAGAACAUCCUCCCAAAGCAGACUGAUGAGGAGAGACUUGAACUGAGGCAGCAGAUUGGAACAAAGCUAACAAGGCGACUGAGCCAGAGGCCCACUGCUGAGGAACUGGAGCAGAGAAACAUUCUGAAACCUCGGAAUGAGCAAGAGGAGCAGGAGGAAAAACGGGAGAUAAAGAGAAGAUUAACACGCAAGCUGAGCCAAAGGCCCACAGUGGAAGAGCUGCGUGAGAAAAAGAUCCUCAUCCGCUUCAGUGACUACGUGGAAGUGGCAGAUGCUCAGGACUAUGACAGGAGGGCGGACAAACCCUGGACGCGACUCUCAGCCGCCGACAAAGCAGCCAUUCGAAAAGAGCUCAAUGAAUUUAAAAGCACUGAAAUGGAGGUUCAUGAAUUAAGCAAGCAUCUAACAAGGUUUCAUAGACCGUAGCAGUUCAAUUCUACUUGACUACUAUGCCAUCUUUAAAACCUAACUAAAAAGAACCGUAAGUGCUGGUAUUAUUCACUUCCUGUUACGUACAAUGUAAAUCUUCUGAACUGCCUUUUUAAAAUAAUUAAAUUAAAGAGAGAAAUGAAAAUAUGGGGGGGGAAGCAAAAAUGGAAAUUGUACUUACAUGUGAUGGGUACUGCUACAUCAUCAGACCUGCUGGCACAAGCUUCGAUAAUAGAAAAUACCCCUGGUGGGAAUCAUACCAAGAGCUGGCAUCUAUGUUUAUGACUUCCUGGCAUGUGGAUUCACCAUAUUUGUCCAAGCCCAGCUGGUAAUGUGUCCAUUCUGUCUUCAGUCACCCCCCAUCCUUGCAAGCAUCUGUCGCCUGACUCCAAAGGAAGCUGAGGCACUUGGUGGUGUUCUGGGAAUGACUGUGCUGGGUGAAGCCUCCAAGAGGCCUGCAACCACGUUAAAGCACUUUUAGUCCAAACACUUCAUUCAGUUUAGGAGCACCUUAGAAGUACAAUGAGGGAGGAGAACUGCUCUCAGGACCUGCCCACUUUCCGAGUACAAAGAAAUUCACUUUCCCUGGAGGAGUUUGUGACUGGUUGAUCAUCACCAUUUUGGUUCACAAGAACAAGAACAGCAUUCCUUACUGAACAGUGGCUUCGCUCAAUCAACUUUUUGUUUUCCAAACCUAAUUAUGACUCCACAAACAAAGUAACAAUAAUAUUGGUAAAUAACAAGCAAAAGGCACCGCAUUGACUUUGUGUAGUCAUUUGCACCUGUGCCUAGUAAUUGUAAAGGUGUGUAGAGCACAAUCAAAUCAGAAUAGCUGGGUUUUCCCUCCAGUUCACACAGGUGUAAGGCAGCAGUGAAUCUGGUCCAAGGUCUGGAUUCCAAUAAAGUAUCCAUGGGAUAUGUAUUAUUCUGUAUGUAUGAGAUUUUUAAAGGGCAGAUUGGGCAUGUAAAGACCUGCACUUCAAUCAUAUUGAGAAUAAUCUUUUCUUGGUUCUGGUGUAACAAAAAUAUACUAUUGUAUUGUUAUGGAUGGCUCAGAAUUGUCUGCAGUAUUUAGAACCAAGGCAAUAGGCAAAAACCCAGAGGCUUUUAUUAUACUGGCAUGCUUUUACCUGUUAAAAUGGCCACUUACAGCUCAGUAUUGCAAGGGGGUGAUCACUCUAGCUCUGACCCAGCAAAGCACUUAAGCAUUUGCUUAACUUUAAUUAAACAUGGGAGUUGUCACUUUGAAACCAGUGAGAUUAUUCAGAUGCUUAAUUAAAGUCAAGCACAUGCUGAAGUGCUUUGCUGGAUCAGGACCAGAGGGUUCAGCCCCUUGCAGCAUCCAGCCCUGACACAAGCUGGAAACAAAUGUCUGUGAUUCCAUCCCUUAUGAGAAAAUAUACUGCUGCACUCUAUAUAAAUGGGCCAAAAGGCUGAAGUAACAUUACUGUAAAUUGCAAUGUUCUGGAUCAUGACUGUGGAAUAAUAUCAAAUGUUGUUUUGCUUUUGAAAGUUUGUGCAGGGAGGCCAAAUUUUUCUAUGACAACGGUAUCUUUUGCAGGAGUUCACAUGCACGCACAACCACUCACCCUUCCUCCCAUUCUUCCCUGGAGUGCCCUGGUAAUACAAUACCCACCCCCUCCACUGAUUUCAGACUAGCAGCAGAUUGAGGUUGCUCUAACAGGUGUAUAUUAUGUGUCCAGUUAUGUGCAGAGCACACUCAGCUCCUCUUGGACCUGUUUCUCAUUCCACUGGCCCUGGUGUAAAUAAGCAGCAACCCCAUCUAACUCAGUGAAGUUGCAUUAGUAUAAAGCCCAUGUAAAUGACAUCAGAAUAAUGCCUAUUGAUUUCAUUAAGGAACUGAGGCUGAUCAGCACCUGCCAGGAUUGGGCCGUAUCUGAGAAGAGUGGAAGCAUUUCAGUCUCAUCUGAGGUCACCUAUGUGACUUAUGAGUGAGCAUUUGGAGAACAGUGAACAUCUGUUACAGGGUGGAGGGCAAAGAGCACCUCAGCCAUUCCCACAGGAGCCAGAGUACUGACUGUUGCCUUUUGCCUCGUUUCUAUUUGAGGUAACAGGUCUUUGAAGUUAUUACCUGGCACUGUUUAGUGGUUUCACAAGAGCCUAAAAAUAAAGGUGAAUCCUGCAUCCUCAUCACACACACAGGAUAUACUUACCUGGACUUGUCAAAAGAAAAUAAUAAUCCCAAUACGCUCUGGGAGAAGAAGAUUUAUCUUAGACAGAGGAAGUCCUGCCUUCUGUAUAAAUAUGAUCUGCCAGUGACCAGUUCUAACUGACUUGACUGCAGGACGUUGCAGAUUAAAGUUAGUGGGGAAGUACAAUGCAGUUCCUCAGACAAGAGUUCACCAGCAGUGAGAACCUGGUGUUCAGCGUAAUCAGCACAGUGCAGGAACAGCAGAGCAGGUAUCAGCCUAGCACAUAUUGCUGCAGGGUUUUUUCCCUGAAACCACAGGUGUGCAUAUUAUUAAAUUCACUCUCACACGUGGCUUGAAAGAAGAAAACAAAGGUCUUGGCAUUUGUAUGUGCACAUUGCUUUAUGAAAUGGCCCGGUGACAUGGCUGCUUGAAACAGCUGCAAGCCCCGGGAUUCUGAAUGUGACCUCCCACGGCUGCCCACAUGUCCUGGCUUCUCUGCCUGGUUGUCUGAGGUUGAGUCAGAUGGGAGGCCUGAGGAAGCAGUAGUGACAGAAAUCGGAGUAUUCAGAACUUGUGUGUUGGUGGGAGGCACUAAGGAAUGGGUGGAUUUGGGUUUCUUGUUAAAUGGGAGGAAUGAGAGGCUGAGAUAAGGGGAUAGGCAUUAAGCUGUUGCUAUCACUGCAGACCUCUCAGGCAACACUAAGCUGCUGGUGGAGGAGCGCACACAGGAAAUGCUACUGUAGCAAUACAACCUGUCCCUUUUGUGUCAGGGCCAUGCCGCCACCCCUGGUACACCUGCAGGUCAGGCAGCCAGACUGAACUGGCUCUGCUCAGUGGUUUUCUAGUUUACAGUAGAGACCUCACUCUGGGUAUAGUCAUCAUAUUGCAGGCUACCAUGUGGCUGGAGAUAAGGAAUAAAGCCAGAUCCCACUGAACUCUCAGGAAGGUUUUUUCAGGAUUUGUUUGGCCCUGAGACAAGAUGUGGAAGGCACUUGAGGUAUUAUUCCAUUUGCCUGACAUUCUAGCAGAAGACAUUGCAGUUCCGCUUUGAUCUGAAACAGUGGAACUGCCAUAUUUCUCAUGAGCUGCAGCUACAGCACAUUGCAGGGGAAUCCAGGUGAAAUGCCCAGCGUAGCAGCAUCAGUCCAUGCUACACAGCUGACAUUUCUUCUCCUCCGAGCCUAAGGAUGUUUGGGUGUUUAGCAGGAGUUAUGUACUGACAAGGCAUCUUCCUGAAAGGUGACUUUUUGGUGACUGAACACUGCAUUGUGCCCUCAGUUUACUUACAUCACUCCGAUUAACAUUCAUGGAAGUUUAAGAGAAAAAAGAGGGCAGACUAUUUAAAAAAAAAUCUAUUUUCUGCAGAAGUGUAAAUGCUUUUCCCAUCAAUACUCUGCUAAAGCCAUGUCCACUGAGUUACUGUACUUGGGAUUCCAUUUGAAAAAAGGAGUGAGCUUUUCUUUAAAAAAAAAAAAAGUGGGCCAAGUAGAG